AUGUUGGGUGAGUUGCGGACUGGGUUAAAUGUUGCUCUUGGCCAGAAGAAUGCUCGAAAGUCGGAGACCUUCGGAAUUCUUUCUAUCGCAGGGCUCUACAUCGAGGAUGGUCAGGCUUGCCUUGCGCUACACUGUGGAUCGGGAUUGGGGAGAUUGACAGGCUUAGCUGAAAGCAGCAAGAAGAAGUUCCUGACGGAUUCUGAGACCUUUCACAAACAUCAAUCGUUCGGAGCUCUGCUGAGCGAGCACGACAGUUAUGGGUUUGCGCAUAUCAACCGAAACAUUGACCUUCUUUUGCGAAACCCAGUUAUAACGCGUCUAGACCUUCGCUUCGCUCUAGUCACCACUCCAGUUUUUGCUUCCCGAGCCGAUCUUGGAAUCGCUGAAGAAGAGGAUGGAGUUUCCACUAGACCAAAUCUUCUCUCUCCGACGGUACGCGACGAUAUCUUUCAGCCAUUUCCGAGUCUCAGAUCGAAAGCCGAGAGGAACCUUAGUACUAUUGAUGCGAAAGGCCGUUUCACAAUUCGAGCAAAUACUGGGCAAACAUUUGAGCGGGACGAGUCUCAGAUAUCUUCAGCUGUCAAUACAUUUACGAAGCCAGUCAGUGUUAUUCGAGGUCCUCCCGGUACUGGAAAGUCAUUUCUCGGAUCUUGGACCGUCAAAACAAUUCCGGCGCAUUGA